AGAGUCUGUCAACAGAGAGACACCAGACUGAUCUGAGAGCGGCGGCUGGUUGCGUCAUACAGGAAGAGGAAGUGAGUGAGUGCUGGAGAUUAAAGCGGAGAGGAUGGAUACAGAGCCAUUAAACGCGAUUUAACGCGCCUUUAUUUCAGUGAAAUAGAGUUAAAGGCGAUGGACGAGUUUCCCCAGCUAAUGUGAUCGUGAUCUGGAAAACAGAGACUGUCGUUAUUACCACGGGUUGGAGGCGUAGAUUGAGGACGUUGGCCACAUGAUGUUGGACCACGCCGAUGUGAGUUUGACCCCAGAUGAACGGGUGCGAGCCUUGACCAAGAAGGGCAGCGCGGUGGACAUGAACGAGGCAGUGCCCGUCCGCCGAUACUUCCGCUCGGGUAUGGAGAUGAUCCGCAUGGCCCACGUGUACGCCGAGGAGGGCAACACAGAGCACGCCUUUGUCCUCUACAACAAAUACAUCACGCUUUUUAUUGAAAAGCUCCCCAAGCAUCCAGAAUAUAAGCUGUCUAAUAUUUCUGAGAAGAAGGAGACUUUAAGGAAGCUAAAGGAGACCGCUUUUCCUCAAGCAGAGCAGCUAAAGAAACAUUUACGGAGGAGAUAUGAGAAAGAAUAUGCUGAGUUCAUCAGCAAAAAGCGUGCAGAAGAUCAGGUGCUGGAGCGGGAGAUGUCUCGGCAGCGUGAGCUGGAGGCGGAGAGGCGGCGUGUGGCGGACAUGCAGAGGAGGCAGCUGGAGCAGGAGCAGUUCAGCAUGUUUGAGGAGAUGAUCCGGCAGCAGGACCGUCAGCACCGCGUCAAUGAGUUCAACACACCAGCGCCCCACCAAGACGACACACUGCUCAUCCCUGGGAUCCAGGGUCCCCCUCUGCCCUACCUAGAGUCCCCCACUCCCCCUCAGAGUCCACAGUACCCCUCGGCCAAUCACAACGCUCCGUCAGCUCCCGCUACAUUGGUCGAUGGUUUACGGCAGAUCGCUGUUCCUGCUGAGCUUUGCGGCAAAUUUCUGCGAUUGGCCAAUAACAACACCAUAAGAGCAGUGGAAACCUGUGGGAUACUCUGUGGGAGACUGAACAGGAACGCAUUCACGGUGACACAUGUGAUUGUGCCGAAGCAGUGUGGAGGUCCAGAUUACUGUGAUACAGAGAAUGAAGAGGAGCUGUUUCUGGUGCAGGACCAGUACAACCUCAUCACACUGGGCUGGAUACAUACUCACCCCACUCAAACAGCCUUCCUGUCCAGCGUUGACCUGCAUACUCACUGCUCAUACCAGAUGAUGCUGCCGGAGUCCAUUGCCAUCGUCUGCUCUCCCAAAUUCAAUGAGACGGGCUACUUCAGGCUGACAGACUACGGCAUGGAGGAGAUCUCAACCUGCACUCAGAAAGGCUUUCAUCCGCACCCCAAAGAACCUCCUCUUUUUACUGGUGGCAACCACAUUAGAAUCACAGAAGACACUGUAUCAAUGCUAGACCUGCGAUGAUCCGUCUCUGGUGUUCACACAGCGGUACCAUGAAGCUUAUUUUUUUAAUCUGUCCUCGCUAACUCCUCUGAUGGACUCGCUCUCGUAUGGCACCAGCUUUCACUGGUGGUGGGUUUCCUACAGACAGACACUCAUCUAAAACAAGCAAUUUUUGGGAAAUAUGAAGACACUAACUGAAGCAGCGUCUUUUAUGACAUCCGUUGGGAGCUCAGGAACGCAAACACCUCCACAGGACUGCAGCCCAUCCGUUUCGGUUUGCUUUGUCCUAAUGAUCUAGUGAGCCGUACGCAAAUGUUUUGUUGCCCUCCAAGUUUAUUUAUGCUCUUAGUGACGUCUCACACACUAACAUAUCACAUCUGCAGAAACAACAUUAAAACAAAGGGUUUUAUAAACUACUGAGUAUUUUUGGUAAAAGCUGAACGGGUCACUCCUGCAGGGCUGCACCUGUCAUGAACCCGAUUAUCAGCUUAAUUUCUUAUAUAUUUUCUAAAAGCAACUUCAUUUUUGGUAACAAUAAUCAGUCCAUGAUGUUGAAUUCUCGGUUCUGAUUGGUUGACAAUGUGAUGGGCCGUUCACACAGAAUACGUUUUUGCAUUUAAAAAUGUGAGACACAUGACAGUAGAACAAAAGAAUGCAAGGUUUUUGUAUUUGUAUUAUGUAUUUAAAACUGUGUUGAGCGAGACACUGAAAAAGACACGAGCACAACGGUAAAAGAGGCGUUACACGCAUUUAAAAACAUGAAACGGCUGUAAGGAUGAAAAAAAAAAAAAGCAAAGUAGAGAUUUUUUUUAUUCAUUUAUUUGAACUACUUUUAACUUGAGCCAUGCUUUUAGAACAGAAUUGCUGUCAGAAUUCUGAGUUUAUAUUUCAAUAGUUUUUUUCCCUCAGAAUUGAGUUUACACCUCGUGAGUUUGUCUCACAAUUCUGAGGUUACAUCUCACUGUUCUGUUUAUAUCACAAUUCUAGAAUAGAAUAGAGUUUACAUCUCGCAAUUCUUUUUUUCCCUCAGAAUUAUGUUUACACCUUGUGUCUGUCUAUCUCUAUUCUGAGUUCAUAUCUCACAAUUCUGACAUUUUUUCCCUCAGAAUUCUAAGUUUACACAUCGCGAGUUUAUAUCUUACAAUUUUGACUUAUUUCCUAAGAAUUCUGAGUUUGCAAUCUCACAAGUUUAUAUCUCAUAAUUCUGAAUUUUCUUCUCAGAAUUGAGAAAAACAGAAUUGUGAGAUAGAAACACAGAACUGCAAGAAAUAAAAUGAGAUAAAAGCAGCAAUUAGGGUUUUUCUAUCUCAUGGUGGAAACAAGCUUCUAUACUAUACAGAGCUAGGUUUAACUUGAGCAUUGUGAAUGUAGAAUGGCGUGUCAUUUGCCAUGUGUCUUGACAAGCGAGCGCCACCAUCAAACGUCCAUCUAGCACAUAUUUGCAUAAAAUAUGGAAAAGCAGCGCAUUGGAAUGCAAAAACGUGUUCUUUGUGAACGGGUUUGUUUUGUAUGCAAACAGUUGUACAGUUUCAUAUCAGGGAAAGGAGGAAGCAGUUAAAUUAGCAAAAGCCUCUUCAGCUUGUGUUUUAUGAAUGAGACGAGUUAUAUAGAUGUAUUUGUGGUGAAGGUGAUAAAGGCCGAAUGAUU